GACAGUCAUAACUUGACAGUGAUAACUGCCAAGUGCUUAAAUUUGCUUAAUAAUUUAGUUUUAUUUGAUUGAUUUUAAUUAAUCUUUACAAUUUUUUAUUUCUGUGAUUCGGUGCGAUUAUCGGAAAUUAUUUUUAUAUAAAAAUAGAAUUGAUUGUAUUAAAUUGUUUUUGUGUGGAUUCAUGAAAAAUACUGGGAAUGUUACUAUUAUUAUUCAUAUCUUCUCCAUAAUAAAUGGUGCCUGAAGAAAAGAACCACGAACAAACAUGGCGGGUGGUACAACGGGCGCGUUGUUGUACGCGGUCAGCGCUGCUGUUCUGGGCAUGCUCCAGUUCGGCUUCAACACCGGAGUCAUCAAUGCUCCGCGAGCCUUCAUUGAGAACUUCAUCCGCGAACAGAACGACGCCUCUCCCAGUCUCGUCUUCAGUGUCAUCGUCAGCAUAUUCGCUGUGGGCGGAAUGAUUGGAUGCCCACUAGCGAGUUACCUAGUUGAGAAACGUGGCCGUAAGAAUGCAUUGCUCAUUAACUCAUUCAUAGGUAUCGUGGGUGCUGCCUUGAUGGGCUUUAGCAAGGUAGCAUACUCUGUGGAAAUGCUCAUAAUUGGAAGAUUUAUUAUUGGUAUUAACUGCGGUUUUGCGACAACCGCUUCUCCUACCUACGUAUCUGAAAUAGCUCCGUUAAAUUUAAGAGGUGCUUUCGGUACGGUCAACCAGUUGGCAGUCGCUCUCGGGAUGGUUGGAGGACAGAUUCUCGGUAUCGAUGUUAUAUUAGGCAGCGAUGCAGGAUGGCCAUGGUUGCUUGGGUUAGCGAUCAUACCUUCAGUACUACAGUGCAUCAUGUUACCAUUUGCGCCAGAAUCACCAAGGUUUCUAUUAUUAUCAGUACGGGACGAAGAAAAAGCGAGAAUAGCAUUAACGAAAAUAAGAGGUACAAACCAAAUCAACGAUGAAAUAAAUGACAUGCACGUGGAAGAUCAAGCAGCAAAGGAAGAGGACAAAUUUUCAAUUGCUGAUCUAUUUAAGAUUUCUUCUCUGCGUACUCCUCUCCUUAUUGGGAUCGUUAUGCAUUUGUCCCAACAAUUGGGCGGUAUCAACGCCGUUCUUUAUUAUUCUGUGACUAUUUUCCAGUCUGCAGGUCUCGAGGAAUCAGUUGCGCGUUUAGCCUCGAUUGGAGUUGGCAGUGUCUUAUUUGUAAUGGCUCUAGUAUCGAUACCUUUAAUGGAUCGUUUAGGAAGACGCACCCUUCAGUUGGUUGGACUCGGGGGAAUGACAGUUUUCUCAGUUCUGAUGACGAUAGCUUUCUUCACUUAUGAGAAUAAUACAACUAUGAGCACUUUUGCGGUCAUUUUCACGUUCCUAUAUGUAGCUUUCUUCGGCGUCGGUCCGAGUUCUAUACCCUGGAUGAUUUUAUCGGAGUUAUUCAAUCAGGGCGCCAGAAGCGCCGCUGUGAGUGUAGGCGCUUUGGUGAAUUGGUUUGCCAAUUUCGUGGUUGGCUUAACUUUCAUACCAAUGUCAGAAGCGUUAGAUAACUACGUUUUCUUGCCUUAUACAGUACUAUUGAUAUUAUUUUUCUUAUUCACUUUCUUCAAAUUGCCCGAAACCAAAAAUAGGACAAUCGAGGAAGUUACAGCUCUCUUUAAAAAUUAGUCUUGUCUUAACUAAAUAGACUUAAGCUACAUUCCUUAGAUGUAAGUGUAUUGAGUACUGCAAUAAGUCUAAUUGUGAUUUGUGAUAUUUAUUUCAACUAGAAGACGUAGACGCCAGAAAUGUGUACAGGUGUCUAAGAGAUAUCUUAACAAUGACAUUUAGUUGUGUAGAAAACUCCAGAACGUUAAUUGGAUUUUUUUUUAUAGGCAAUUAAUAUAUUUUUAUUUGUAACUAAUUCAAGAUGUAUAGGUAGUAUAAACCUGGAAUCUAUGGUAUUUAUAAAAAAAAAAUUAGGACUCCGGUGCAAUUUUAUUAAUAGAAAAUAUUACAAUAAAUUUAUAUUUAUUUAUUGUGGUUAUAUUUUUAUUUUUAUGUGAAAUCGAAAUAUUGUAUAUUAUAAAAUCAGCAUACUUUAUUAUUAGACUAUAUUACAUAUGAUGCCUUCAUAUUUUUAUUAAUAAAUGUGCAUUCGGUGUACCCAGUAGCCAGAUUCGCAUAAAACUAGAAAGACUGAAUACCUCACUUAUACUUGAUAUUUCCAAACUUAGUACUUAUUAUGAGGUAAAUAUAUUAUUCAAAUUUAACUAUAAUAAUAAUAAUUACAACAUUGUAGAAUUAUAAAAUUUCUACUUGCUUUUUAAAUAUGAUUAUCUAUGAUUCUGUAUAUAUUGAAAACGUAUAUAAUGUCUACAAUGAAAAAUAAAGAAAUUAAUAUAAAUUAAAGAUGAAUAAUUAUUUAAAUUUUAUGCAGAAACGUGGUGUUAAGAUAUAUAUUUAUUGAUGUUAUGUUUAGAAUUAUAAGCAUUCGUUUUACUUCUAUUUUGUCUUUAGGUGUCUUAAAGUGUGACGUAAACAUUUUCUAAGCAUCUUGACAAAUUCAUUCCUUAUUUGCUAUGUAGUAGGAAUCACAUUUCAAGACUUGCACCAAUUAUUAUGGUUAGAAUAUAAUUUUCCAUUUCUUGCCUUUUACAAACAUAGAUUUUGUUCGGUAAAAAUUGCUGAAUGACAUUUGUUUAUUAUUUUUGCAUUGUGAUUAUUACAAGACAUUAUUUAUUUAUUUAUUGUGCCUUGUUGGCUAUCAAUUAACAUUUAUUGCACAAUUGUUUUGUUUACUCAGUUUACUUGUAAAGUGUCUUUAUUACGGAUUUGAGUGAUAUUUUAUUGCAUUUUAACUAUUUUUAUUGUCUAUUAUUAUAUUAUAUUGAUGGUUUAAUUUGUUUAGUCCUUGUAUUAUAUUAUAAAAGAUUUCGUUUCCACUAUUUUUUUGUUCUAGAUUUACUAAACUAAAUUUAAUUAUUCAUUCCUAUCCAAGGCUGCUUUAGAGUUUGGAAUUUUAUAGUUAGGACAAGUGUGAACUACGCCAUCAAUAUUUGUAAAUUUAUCUUCAAUAUUUGUCGGCAUCAAAAUUAUUUACAUUAUUUUUCUUCUCAUUACACAUAAGUAGUAGUUCUAUUUAUGCCUGAGGUAGUUGGCAUUUGGUAGAAUUUGGAAUUAAUCUUUAUAAGCGAAACCUUUAAUACCUUGAUACGACAAAACCGGUCAGGCAAUAAAAUAUAAUUAAAUAAAAAUUUCUAGAAGUAGUAAAGAAAGAAGAACAUUUAGUGGUAUAACUUACAACAAGAAAAUAUACAAUAUGUAAAGAAAAAAAUAGAAUAAAUACAGUUUAUAUUAGUACAAGUGUUUUCGUGCAAACAGUAACAGGAUCGAGUUGGCGCGCAAAUAUUUUUUUGAUUCAUAAUUUCUUUUAACUACUUUAAUAUCAAGUAUCACUGGAAUUUAAUUUGUAUCACUAUUUUUUUUUAAUUAGGCACAUAACCCAUAUAAACUUCGAGGACCAAGAAAUUGUUUGAUAUCAAUAUUUCUCUUACACGCACGAAUGUUUAUAAUUUUGUAAGCUGCUUUUUUUUAAAUUAUUCUUAGGUAGUUUUAAAUAUCUUGUAUUUUAUUUUAUAAUUAGUGCCUUAACCUUUUCUUUAUAUUUUUUAUAUUAAUUUAUUAUGACGUCUGUUCGUAAGAUAGACAUGAUGUUUAGAAAUCGAAUAUAUUUGUGUCACCCACAAUCCCCUUAAUUGCAUAAGUGAAAUAGUAUGAAAAUAUUGUAUAUUUAAAAGUAUAUAAUUUAUAAGGAUUUUAUAUUAUUUAAAUAUUUUAAUGAAUACAAAUGUGUUAUUUUUCAAUAUAUUUUAUUCUUUUAAAGUGAAACAUGUACAUAUAACAUACAUAAUUAUACAAUUCAUUAUAUUCGAUUCACUAAAUUGUUCGUAAUGUAACUCCACCCGUCCUAGCGUUAUAGUGCCAACAUUUAGAUACGAGUAUUAUGGUAUAGGCCAUAGGCCGUCUCACUAUCAAAUAAUGUCUCCACUGUAUGUUGUAAUCGUUUACAAUCAAAGUUGAUUUGUGACCUUCACUACAUACCAUGCCACUUCAGAAUUGUCUGGUGCUCAUUCCAGUAUCAGCAACGAAGCUUUCAGUUAUGGGCAAACACAUGUCUGAAUGACCAUGUGCGUAUAUGGCCAUAUGUGUAUAUGGCCACGUGUGUAUAUGUCCAUGUGUGUAUAUGGCCAUGUAUGUAUAUAUGGCCAUAUGUGUAUAUGACCAUAUGAGUAUAUGGCUAUAUGCGUAUAUGACCGUAUGUGUAUAUGACCAUAUGUAAGGCCAUGCCUUAAAUACACCAACGUUUAAUAUAAUACAGUGAAAUAUUUAACAAAUUGUCUUAUGGUAGAACAAAAAUAUGCAAUUGUGACAUCACUAUACGGAGCAAAACGGACCUCAUCAUAUAGAAACAUUUCGCAAAAGAUAUUCAUUAGAUUUGAUUGCCAUUGUAGUGUUGCCACAAAUGCAUUUUAUUCCUAUAGUUGGCAAUAAAAUAAAUAGUAAACAUAGCGUAUAUUCUGUAUACAUUAUUACAUACAUAUUUUUACACUUAGAUAAGCAACUACUUCGUAAUAUUCAACACGAUUAUGAUUUCUUAGGCCUUGUGUAAUUAUGGUGUAAUUGAAUUUCUGUAAAGUGUUGCCACUUUUUAGAUAACGUGGUAAUUUUUAGGGUUUCCAAAAUAAAAAAAAAGGUGAAAUGAAACUUCUAUAUUAUAUAAAAUUAUAAUAGUACAUAUACAAAAAUUCAAUUGGAUGGGAAUAGCUGCAGUAAUAUGUAAAUUUAGCGAUUAAUCAUAGAAAAGUUACAGGGUAUGGAAGCAUAACACAGGAAUGACAACAUGUGAAUGGUACUACGGGUGGUACGGUGUAUUGAGUGACGGUCAUGGAAUUCAAGUGUAUAUAUCUAUAUAUUCAUAGAUUGUUAAACAAGUUAACAGAUCAUCUCAUGGAAUAUGUUUACAUUGUUUGUCAAUCAAAGUUCCAUAAAAAACUAUAUAUAGAAGUUUCAUUUCUAUCGAUCCCACAUAGUGCCACCUCUUUUUAGUAAACCUGUUUAUUUUAUUUAGUUUUAUUUUAUAAUUGUACACCACAUAGUAAAAACCUGUUAUUCAAAUUGUCACUUAUAAAUAUAGCAAACAUUUAGGCAACUAAUUUACUACAUUAUCUAAUUUUAAUAUAUUUAAAAUACACAAAAUAUUGUAAUGACUCUAAAUACGGAAAUACGAAUUUAAUUCGUCUGUUGAUAUUAAAUUAUUAUCUAGUUA